UUGCGGCCAGCCGGGAUGGCGAAUGCUCCAGCGGCGCAAGUGAUGAACACCGCCGAGGAUAUUGCCGAUCAGGUGUUGAGGCGGGGCAAGCAUGUGCUGCCCCAUCUGGGCCGCUUUUGCCUGGUGAGCACCUUCCUGGAAGAUGGCUGCCGAAUGUGGUACCAAUGGGGGGAUCAGCGGGACUACAUGAACCACUCGUGGGGCUGCGGUUGGUUCCUGGCCUCCCUGUUUGUGCUGAUCAACCUGGUUGGGCAGCUAGGGGGUUCCAUCGCAGUGCUGGCACGCUUCCACGUCGUGCCAUCCUGCGGCCUGCUCUUCUUCAUCGUCGUGCUGCAGACAUUUGCAUACAACAUACUGUGGGACCUGGGCUUCCUGCUAAGGAGUAUGUCACUAAUAGGCGCAUUGCUCCUGCUGGUCGCUGAGAGCCGGGUGGAGGCCAAGAGCCUGUUUGCAGGCGUGCCUUCCCUGGGUGAGAACAAGCCUAAGUCGUACAUGCAGCUGACUGGCCGCAUCUUGCUUGUCUUCAUGUUCAUCACCAUGCUGCGCCUCGAGCUCUCUGUCCUCCAGAUGCUGCAAAACCUCGUGGCCACUGCCCUGAUGGUCCUUGUAACAGUGGGCUACAAGACCAAGCUGUGCGCCCUGGUGUUGGUGCUGUGGCUGACAGCAGUGAACGUGUGGGUCAAUGCAUGGUGGUCGGUCCCGUCAUACCGGCCCAUGCGCGAUUUCCUCAAGUACGACUUCUUCCAGACUAUGUCGGUCAUUGGUGGGCUGCUCAUGGUUGUCUCACUGGGGCCUGGUGGUGUGUCCCUUGACGAGCACAAGAAGCAUUGGUAGAGUGUGCAGUUGUGCAUGAAAUUGUUGCCAUUUGCAGCUGGCCCACCUACACAAACUGUGCUAUUUAUUUUGUGCUCCUACGCUGGUGAUUUGUAUGUUCCUGUGCGUUAUUGUAUGGGUUGCAACAAGUGAUUCGAGUAAUGGAUUUAUUUGAAAUGAAAAUAAAGUGAACUUGUAUUUCAGUCAUAUGCUUUGAGAUAGAGUGAGUGAAACUGCGAUUAAACAAUUUCUUUACAUAA